AUGUAUUUUGUCUCCUACACCUUGCCGUCGAUGUCUAGCCAGGGAACAUGCUCCAGCCCAGGAUCGCCCGAUCUCGCUGUCCCCAGAGCGGACCAGGAAGCAUUCAACUUUGACUCUGACGAUGACUAUUCCGAGAUUUAUGAAGCCAUUUCCAACUCGGAUUCCUGCGUUUCGGACACCUUUUUGUCCGAAAUUUUGCCCGAACUGAGAAGGAUCGAAGGUUCCUCCAGGCUUUUUAGUGCGCAAAACCCUCUUUAUCCACUGCCGCUCGACCAAGAAGAGGACAAGCAACAUGCAGCCCUACGACUAGGAUUGUGGGGAUUACCAGGUCUUAGGACCAUGGUCGAUGGCGCUCUCACCAGAGAUCCCGGCGUCCCAAAAGCCGUUUUGGAUAUUGCGACUACAAAAAUAUACGAGGGAGUCGUACUCACGUUCUUUCAAAGGGCACUUGACAUGGUGGCCGAAUACGACAAUCUGCAUGUGGAUGCAAUCGAUGUCUCGUCGCAGAUAACAGCACACCUUCCGCCAAACGUU